GCGCCGCAGUGAGUCGGAGGGAUGGUGAGUCACCGCGAGCUGCUCCGACACGGAGCACGGAACGGUACCAGCCGCGACCGACAACAGAACCAGAACUACUAGACAAACCGAACCGCUGGCACCGACACCGGGACCCGCCGGCGGUCUGCUGUCCGGCUGACCGCGGCCGAGAUCCGCAGUGACGUCACAUAUAGCGGUGUGUCGCGGGGACAUUAAUCAGGACACACUGUUGCUGAGCGCGAGGCCACAACUGCAGCCAGCGGAACCGGUUCUGUCAGACCCAAAACCGCUGGUUUCCCUUCAACCUGCAGGAUCACAGGAACUGUUGAUGCUGAAGGCCAACAUGUUGCUGCAACCAUCGGAAGCCUGCAGCAACCAGAACCAUCGGAGCAACUGAGACCAGAACCAAUGGAUCAACCGGAACCAGCGGAGUCCAGAACCCCUGAGACUGGAAGACCUUCAGCAUCUCUACAGGCCAGCAGAUGGACGCCUGGCCUCCUGGUUGGAUGGAUGAACAUCCGCACUCUGACUGAUCAGCUCAGCUGGCCUCAACCUCAAACAAUGACCAAUAAGAUGAACCAGCUGAUGGAGGCGGAGCUUGGCCAGGAGAUUGAAGGCCAGGUUCAGACCUGGGCUCAGUCUCUGGUCUACACUGUGGAGGAACUGGAGUGUAAGAUCUGCUACAACCGAUACAACACUCGGAGCCGGAAACCCAAGCUGCUGGGCUGCCUGCACCGGGUCUGCGCCAAGUGUCUCAAGAAGAUGGUGGACAUGGGAGACUCUUCACCGACCAUAGUGGUGGACUGUCCGUCACUCCGGACCAUGUUGGUUCCAUGUCUCCAGGUGUGGCUGAUGGAAGACGACCGGCACAUCAUGGCGGUUCUGUCCUGUCAGGACCGAGCCCAGCAGGAGGGAUCAGCAGUUAAAGAUGGCGGCGGUUCAGAGGUGGUGUUGAGUCCCACUGCUCUAAAGGCAGCAGCCGGAGGGAUGGACGCGUCCCUCCGGUCCUCGGACUGCCUGGUGAUCACCAUCAUGGAGCUGCCGGACGACUCCCCGUCCUCGGACUCGGUCAGCAUGAUCAAUGUGGUCGGUCUGUACCGGCCGCCCAGCCUGGACUCGCUGCCCUGCAGCUUUCCCUCGCAGAAGUGUCGCGCCUGGACGUCCCGCAGCUUUCCACGCUGCCUGCUGGGGGCGCUGUGUAUGGUCAGUGACACACAAAGCUAUACACAAAACAUUUUGAGGCAUAAACAGCUGGGGAUCUACCUGCUGAUGAUGGGCCAGCUGCUGCUGGGCGUGGUCCUCGUCAGCCUGGUGCCGUCCACGCUGCUGCUGCUCGUCCUCUACGGAUUCUGCCAGUGCAUCUGUCACGAGGUGAGGGAGGCGAUCGCUGCGCGCAGGCUGCCAUGACGACGACGAAGCCUGCUGCCAUGGCAACAAGGACACCGGAGCGGCGAAGCCACAGAACCUCCAGACCUGAACUCUCAGCUGAUUCCUGAUUGGCGGGGUGGUAAAGGCCCCUCCUCUUUUGAGCACCAGCAUCACUUUCUUGGCCAAAACAGAGACGGACCAGAAGUUUCAUCCUCACAGCCAGAGGACAGGCUGGAAACUUCUGUUAGCAUGUUGCUAAUGACAUGCUGUGUAACACUCUGUAUGUAAAUAUGUAAUUCUGUUCAUCAGUGAACCUUCUGACAGCCCAUCAGCCAGUAACCACCAGGAAUAUUCCCAGUUUAACAGAAUAAUUCAAAACAUUGGAAAAAUGCUAGCCUAGCCUAGCAUGCAGACUGGUGAAAAUGGAUGUUAAGCUAAUGUAGUGCAAACACAAGAAAUGUUGGUAAAUGACUGAGGUAGCAUAAAGACAGUAAAAACGGGAAAGCAUUAGCAUAGCUUAGCACAAGAAUAGUAAACAGAGAGAAUGUGUUUGUUGAAUUUAGCAAAAAGACUGAAAAGACAGAGAAAGAGUUAGCCUAGCUUAGCAUAAAUACUGGAAAUUAAGGUAAAGUAUUACCAUAGCUUAGCAUAAAAACUAGGAUUUAAGUGUUUUUCUAUCUUUACAAAAUGGCUGUAAUUGAAAGUGUUUCACCAGCUCAGUAUUAAAAUUGGAAGUGAAGUGAAAGUUCUAGCUUAGCUUAGCAAAUUGACAGGAAGGGAAAGUGUUAGCCUAGCUUUGCAUGAAAAGUGAAAAUUGUUAGCCAUGGACAAAGAUAAGAAACAAAGUUGGGUAAUUUCUGUUUUCUCCUAACAUGAUGCUAAAUUCAGUUCUGUGGUCUCUGCGCUACCGUUUCCAGUGUUUGUGCUAAGCUAAGCUAACUGUAUGGAAGAAAGAAGCCCUGCAGUUAAUUGGUGUAAUUUCUUGUCAAAGUGCCAACAUUUGACUUGAUCACUUAUCAAUCAUGUGUUAAUCGUGUGGCGAUUUGGAGCUCGUGUCACUUCCUGUCUGUGUCGCAUUCGGACUGUCACUAAUAAAUGUAACGGAGACAAAACCA